GGAAAGUUUGACGUGCUCGGUUUUUUGUCUAAAAUAAUUGAAUAAAAACAAAAUAAAAUGUUUUCGGACGAGGAAAUUAAAUCCGACAAUGGCUUCAUGAGACCAGAUGAUGAGCUUAUAAGUAUUCAAGAAGUGUGCUUAGUUGACAAGUAUGAUAAGAAGGAUUUCGGAUUUAACACCGAGCCAGUAUUAUUUAAUUCGGGUCGGAGUAAUUUGGAUGUUGGCCGUUUCUUUCGCGAUGGUUUCUGUGAAAGUCUGGAGCAACAGCAGGCCAAGUUUGCAUGGACGGAAGAGGAUGGCAAUAUCGCCUCUCUCUUUUCCUCACCAGCUUUCGGCGCCGGGUCCAGCAAAGAGCUUGAUGACGCUCUUAAUACUGAAUUUAAGGAAACUGAUACGUCCACGGAAAGCAAUGAAUGGAAAAAUAAUGGUGUCAUAUUCAAAACUAAAUCAACUAACUCCAAUGCAGUGUCUUCUACUUCAGGCAAUAGUUCAGUAGGUGACCGACCAAAAGGCAAGAACGCAUGUAAAAUCGAUAAAGAAGAUCCGCGAUCCAGACUUCACUUCGUCAAAUAUAUUAAAACGCAUGGACGAACUAUUAAACUAUGGGAAUGUGGCAUUUGUAGCCGAGAAUUCCAACACCAAUAUACCCUGAUGCGUCACUUACCGACUCACACGGACGAGAGGAAUUAUCACUGCGAUGAAUGCUCCAAGAGCUUUCGCCAGCUUUCUACCCUCAGCCAGCAUCGCGCCAUACAUUCUGCAGAGAGACCUUAUUCUUGCGAGGUAUGCAAGAAAACGUUUAACCGCGUCUCCACUCUGAUCUCCCACCGCAAGACCCACUCUGAAGAGAAGCCUUAUCGCUGUCACAUCUGUCCCAAAGGCUUCCAUCAGAAAGGAAACUUGCGUAAUCACUUGUUCACGCACACAAACGAACGUCCAUAUCGAUGCAAUAUUUGCAAGAAGGGUUACAACCAACAGUCCAAUUUAGUUUGCCACAAAAAUAAGGCACAUCCAGACAACAAGGAAACAAUUAGUAUUGAGAGAAUUAGCUGCCAAACGCUACCUUCCACUUCAAUAGCUAAACCAACUUCUAAGCCUAGACCCGAAUGUGAAGUAUCCUCAUCAAUGUGCCCAGAGACGGCUAAACAGCUUAAUACAAGUUUCUCUGGUCUUUGGAGUGGUGGAGUAAUUGUUGAUCCAAUUAAGACGUAUCAUAUGAGCGUUGCUAUGGCAACCAGACAAACGCCAUUUGCUCUACUCCAAGAUGAUAAUGGUGUUAAAGUACUCGUGAAAGUGGUCGACACGGAACUACUUGGGGGAAAACAGAUGUUAGUUCCCGCUACGGCUGAAGAUUUGAGAGUCGGUGGUAAGAUUGUGUUAAAGGAUCAAGAUUCGCAGGAUAUACAAAUUGAAUCAGUACCGAAAGAGAGCGCUCUUCAGAUCCGAGUGCCGGUUGUUGCCACUGUGGUGCCGAAAAUAGCUCCUGGUGGUGGACUUCAUCUCGCUGUUGAGGAGCCGCAUCACGCGUACCACAGUGCACUGUCUACUGAUAAUAAAGGUCCUUCUUCUUCUUGCAUCACCAGCGAAGCCCAUGCUUCCUGCAGUAAAAACGUUGAUGCCAAUGAAACGAUUGUUAUAAAACAGGAGAUUCCAUCUACUUCAGAGAUCGAAGGAUUUCAACAUGUAUCAUCAUCAGGGCCAGUGAUAUUGUCUUCGUACUCCUUGCUGCCACCGGCUCCAUCUCCACCCCUCGACUAUAUUCCACUUGACCUGUUCGAGUCUAUGGCAUGCAUGCCUAUGGGUCCUCAAAUAACAACCGUGAACAUAGAUCAGCCCCCGUCCGAUGAGUCUGAUAUUUUUAUCACCAAAUUUGAGGAUCAUUCAAACACGGCCUAA